GAUCUCCAUCAGUAACACGAAGAUAAUGCUAAGACCCUCAUUCUUCAUAAGCUUCCCGAUAAUCCUUAUUUGCCCAGUGAGCACGGGAAGGUCUUUGUUCUGAAUAGUGAUUCUCAGAGUUACAGCUUCACGCUAAAUAGCACGACACCAGAAGACAGUGGCUUAUAUUACUAUUAUGUGAAUGAAAAGGAAGACUCAUGGGAAAGUUAUUUCAAUAUUUUGGUCAGAGACUGUGAGGCAGGAAAAACUUUGGUCCUGAAUGUUCCAAGAGUUGCCAAGAAUGUCAAAAUGGCGGACAGUGCCACAGCUAUACUGGAGAGUGCCUCUGUCCUCCUGGCUUUAUAGGAAGUGAAUGUCAUCAUGCUUGCCCUAAAGGUUGGUUUGGAACCAAGUGCCAGUUUGAAUGCGGUGCCAUAACCAGUGACCAAUUGCGCCCUGAGAAGGGAUCUUGCAAAGGACUAACUCUUUGUCUACCAAGUCCUAUGGGAUGCUCUUGCUUUCCUGGAUAUAAGGGGUUGGCCCUAUGUGUGAUGAAGAUUGCAAUUCUGGAACUUUUGGAGCUGGAUGCUUAGAGAAAUGCUCUGACAAGUGUAACUCUGACCUCUGUGAUCCCUACACUGGCUCUUGCUAUAAGUCUGAUAAUGUCUUGUCUACAAAGGCUCCAACUGGAGUAAAUGUAAAUGAUGAGCUGCUGCUCUCAUGGAGAGAUGAAGAUCCUAUUGGGCAGCAUCUGUACUUCGUUACAUUAAAGGUUAUGAAGACAUGCAAUAGUGAUCAAAUUGGGAAGACAGAACUGCACUUGGUGCAGCCGGGAAACCAGAUGCAGUUGCCAAAGGAAAGUCUGCAGAACUCUGAAUUUGAGGUUUGUGUUACUACCAGUGAUUUAACAAGAGGACACAGCAGUCCAACCUGUACUUCACACGUGACUCCCAAGGAACCGAAUGUUACGUUUCUUGCAACGCCAUCUUGUCGAAGUUAUAAUUCUGGAUAUGGAUUACAAUGUACAGCCACGAUCCAGGGAGAUUGCCUCAACAUUUAUGCUGGAAAUUUCACCGUGGAGUUCAGGCUGUCGUCAUACCUUGCAUGUAAGCGGACACAAAUACAUUACUCAGAGUCAGUAACACUGCAGCCUUCACAGAGGGCAAUCUCUCAGACCUUCACAAACCUCAUCCCGGGGUUGCAGUACAACAUGACCACGUCACUGAUCCACAAUGAAAGUGUAAAAGCAACAGCACCUGACACAUUAACUUAUACAACCAGUAGUAGUGGAAAACUUGACGGUUGCCAUUAUAGGUGAGGACACAGUAAGGUUCAUGUGGAACGACCCUUGUCCUCCCAACGGGGAAAUUGGCGAGUACUACUUCAGUUACGGAAGUACUUCCGAAUAUGUAUCGAAGUCUGACACUAAAUGCCCGAAAACCAUCAAGUAUGAUGGUUGCCACAACAGCCGAGGAUGGAGGAAGGGGUACUACUAUGGUGGGAAUUAUUAUUAUAUGUUCGCACUUAAUAACGGAGCACGUGGAGAAGAUGCAUUUUAUCAUUUUUCUAUGGAAGAGACUAGACCAAGUACUCCAGAAAUUAUUCUAGAAGAGGAAAACUCUGCAGUGAUUAUUCUUCCUCCAAAACAACCAGGGGGUAAACUUUCGAGGUGCAAUUUAAUUAUGGGGCAAGAAUCCUGUGAACAGAUGUACAGAGAAGAUGAGUACAUGACCUGCCGUUUGCAAGACAUUCAACCAGGAGUAAUCAUCAAGACUCAAUCAUGGUGUUGCAAUGAGAAAUUUUGUGGAGAGAAGGCAACAAAGGAAUUGGCAACAAUGCCUGUCCCUGUGUUUUCUGGAUCUAUAUCAGUUAAAGAUACAACUAAUACAUCUAUAACCAUUACAUUGCCUCAGAUCAUCAAGGAAGGAGAUGGUACCAGCACCUGCUUCAUUUUAGUAGAACAUGUGAUCCAAGAUGGCGAGAAAGUUCAUGACCUUCAAGCAGAAGCCAAAAUGUUAAUUGGUAGAGACAAACGGAACCAGAGAUACAAAGGUGAUGGGCCUGUUUGGAUUGCUGGCAAUAUAUCACGGACCACACAACAAUUUGAAGUGGGUGAUGGGGAAGAAUAUGGUGGAUUCAUGAACCACCCCUUGGAGGAGGGAGAAGAGUACUUCCUCGGGCUCCUUUGUGCUACAAAACUUCUAGACAAGAAAGCUGAAAUAUGGCAGGAACUAGACUCACUAGUCACUGUGGCCUGGCAAUCAUCCCCACAGUCCAGCAUGCUGUUGAUUAUCAUAAUAAUUGUGGUUCUGCUUAUGUUCAUAAUGGUGAUUGGUGUCUACAUAUAUAAAAAUCCAGACAAAAUGAAGCAUAUCAGGUCCCAAAUAAUGGCAGUUCAGGGUAGAGAGACACCAUCCUCAUGCUUGACCCCUUCACCUAUCAGAGAGAGUUCAUCUCUUCAUGUUCUUCCAACUGAUGGCAUGUCGUCACACAAGAAUAUCAAUAAUGGGCCUCCGCCACAAGAUGAAGCAUUAUAUGUGAACAUUGAAGAAGGGGAAUGUAUUUAUGCCAACACAUCCAGGCGCAUCCUACGCAGUGAAGUAGAGAGCUAUUUGAACAUGACCAUCAAUUCGAAGAAAGCUUUGCAUGAGUUUAAGACCAUUCCAGAUUACCUGAGAGAUGCAACAGUUGGAACUAAACCAUCAAACAAAAAGAAGAAUAGAUACAGGAAUAACUUACCAUAUGAUGAGACAAGGGUUAGAUUAAGCAUUAUCAACAAUGAUCCCUCAACUGAUUACAUCAAUGCUAAUCACAUUCAGGGUUAUUCCAACAUUAGGUAUAUAGCCACUCAAGGACCAAAGGAUCAGUCAGAACCAACUAUCAAAGACUUUUGGCGGAUGAUUGUAGAACAACAGGUUACUGCUAUUAUCAUGGUAGCCAAUUUUGAAGAAGGUGGAAAGGUUAAGGUCGGUCAGUACAUGAAGCAUGAGGAAAUACUGACAUUUGACAAUUAUUCCAUUCAGGUGGUCUCUUCUCUCCAAAAGCCUUAUUUUACAGUUUCUCAAAUCCAGGUCUUUGUGGAUGGUAAGCCACAACUCACUGUGACGCAUUAUCAUUAUACAAAUUGGCCUGAUCAUGGAGUCCCAGAUGAAGCUUAUUCUAUCUCCUCUUUGAUUACUUUUUUCUUGAACAACCAUGUUGAUGGUGGUGGUGUUGUGGUUCAUUGCUCUGCUGGCAUUGGAAGAACAGGAACAGUAUUGAUGGUGCUCUUGCUUCAUGAAAUGCUGGUGUUAGAAGGCAGUAUUGAUCCCAUAGAGGUUCUGACAAGACUUCGCAGUGGAAGGGGUCGUCUUGUUGAGAAUAUAGAUCAGUAUAAUCUAGCUCUUAUGAUUACAGAGGAGAUCCUCUUUGGAAAUAUUACUACAGUUACUUCAGUUGACCUUCAGAAUAACCUAGAAAACCUCCUAGCAAGGGCUUCUUCAGAAUAUGAAAAAGCCAAAGCCUUGCCAACACCUUUGUCUUACAGAUUUUCAUCCAGCCAGGCAGUAAGACACCUAAAUAGAAAUCCAGAUAUCUUGCCUUCUGACAAUCAUAGAAUUUACCUACAAAUGACAAAUGGAAAAGAAGAAUCACAGUACAUUAAUGCUGUGCAAAUUCAUGGAUUCAGCAAGCAAGAUAAAUUCCUUGUGACCGAGCAUCCAUUAAGAGAAACACAAGCUAGAUUUUGGAGGAUGAUCAUGGAGAAAAAGUGCCCUUUUGUUGUCCUAAUUAACCACUAUAGAGAAAAUGCUGAGGAGUUUCCUCCUAUACUUCCUAAGGAUGGCAAAGAGAUGAAUGUGUCUGGCUACAAGAUCACUUUGUGUUCUCCAGUACCGUCUGGACCAGACCUCAAGCAGUACACUGUGACUGUGAAAAAUCCACGUGGAUUGUGUCAUACAUUCAGUGCUUAUGUUGUUCUUAACUGGGAGUAUGGAUCUCCCACUCCUACAUGCACAAAUGUUUUGUUAAAUUUGGCUGACAAAUUGCUCCACCCAACCACACAGUCAGAUGCUGGGCCACCUCUGCUGUGUUGUGGGGAUGGAGCGACAGGAUGUGGUUUGCUGAUGGGGAUAACUUUCACUUUACAGCGAGCUCAAACAGAGCAAGUUUUUGACAUUUAUAGAUCUGUUGCAAAGCUGUUGAGGUACCGUUACCAGUUCAUAACAUGUAAAGAACAGUAUGCAAUGCUGUAUAUUGCAGCCUCAAACUACCUGAAAGAUUUUUCCAUAUAUGCUAAUUUUCACUGAAGAUCAUGUAGCAACCUCAGACUACUUGAAAAUGUUUCCUUAUAUAGAAUUUUGAUUGAAGGUUUUUUCAUAUGUUCUAAUUUUUACUGAAGCUUAUUGCUGUAUAAAAGCUGUUUAAUGGCUGUGUCCUGGAAAGACAAAACCUGUGUCACCUGGUCACGAAAUUCUAGCUGAAGAUUCUCAUAAAUAUUUUAUAGAUUUCUCAGUUCUAGUGAGGACUGUUUCAUUUUGUAACGUUUGCUCUGAGAUAUUGUAUAUGAACCUCAUAUGUUUAAAUACAAGAACAAAAGACCAAAUUUUGGCUACUCUUCCAUUUAUUCUUGUGCCUAAAUACGAGGCCAGAAGGGUAAAUUUUGUAUACGUUACCACUGACUCCUGUUUAGGUACUGAAAAUAUUAAGCUAAACUUGGUUUUUGUUUUUCCAGGCUUUGCUAGAAAUGGCCAUUAGUUUACCUUUCCCAUUGGCCUUUGUUCUUUUUAAUUAGCCUUAGAAUAUGAUGAAUAUUUUUAUAUUCAUUUUUGUACAGUAUACCAAAGAUGUAAAGUUGUCUUAGGACACUCUCGCAUUGCAUUUGUUAUAGGAAGUUUAUCAGACAUUUUUUCUUUAUAGCCUUAGAAUGGAUAUUUUGUUAAAACUAUAAACACUCACAGACACAUCCUCAUAUGAAGUAUACUUUUAUUAAGUGAUGUAUAUGAUUGUGUGUCUGGCAUUGAUAAGGCACUUUGUUAAGGGUAGGUAUUACAGAAACUUUAAAUUAUAAGGAGAAUGACAGCUUUUCAUGAUGAUGCUUAAAGUUGUAAAAGAUAAAAAAUUGGUACAAUAUAACAAGUUAUAGUUAAAAGCAAAGACAUCCAUGAAUGACAGUCUCUUUCUGUUAGUAACAAAGAUUGCUGAGGGGAAAACUCAGGCUCGUUGGCCUGCCUUUCCUGUAAAAGGUAAAGCAAAUAUACAGACAUAAAACAUAAAAAUGACUGAUCUGACAAAUUAAAGCAAAUAUUCUUAUUGGCUGUUCAGCCAAUAAGAGAAGAGAUUGCCAAUAUAUUUCUGAAUCGGGGGCUGCCCUUUUGGAUUGGUCCAUUACUUGGUAAUGUUUAAGUACCAGCUAGUAUUGUCUGCUUUUAUAGUUGGCUGAGUCUAGUUGGAGCAUAUCAACAGACAUUAUUUCAUCCAAAUUAAAAUAUUCAGAGAGUGUUAAUCAUACUGGAGAUUAUCAGGUAGACCAAUGCACCCAACCCAAAACCCCAUCCGUUGCUCACGGAGUUAUUAAUGACAAUUUUGUCCAUUGCAUAAGUAAAUUUAGCUUAUAAAAUGUACAAAAAUUUAAAUGUACUGAUAAAUUAAUUCGUUUUUAACCAAUGUGUUUGUGUUGAUGAUGUGUGUUUUCAGUAUGCAUUUUGUCUAUCUUUUACUACAGUGUAGAGUAAUGUACAAAUUCAGUAAUAAUUUUUUGUUUAAUUUUUCAAAGCUGAAGAUGAAAGGCUAAUUAAGUCAGCAUUCAAAAAGCAUAAACAUGAUGUUCAUAUUUAUGAAGUUU